GGCAGCCCUGUCUCCACGAGUGGAGAUGUCUAUAGUUUUGGGGUAUUUCUAUUGGAGCUACUCACCGGGAAGAGCCCCGUCGAUGAGAUGUUUAACGAAGGACUAACUCUGGCCAAGUUUGUGGGGAUGAGAGGAGCCAUGGAGAUAGUUGAUCCUGCGUUGCUCGGGCAGGACAAUGAAGAAAUCCACUGGUGGAACAAUAUCGAAGAGUGUUCGACUUCCCUUGCAAGGGUCGGUCUCGCGUGCGCUCAUCAGGCGCCACGCGAUCGAAUGUGCAUGCGAGACGUCGUUGCCGAUCUGCGUACGAUCAAGAACGUGUUCGCCGGAAAGACUGAAACCAUCAGCCAAGAACAGAGACCUUAGAAGGAUUGAAAUGAAAAUAUUAAGGACUAGGAGAACUGAAAUGAAAUUUCUUUUUUAAAAAAUACAGUAGACAGAGGUAAAGUUCUUCCAUAGGUCACUGGUCACUGCUGAUCUCUCCUCCAAUUCCAAUUCAUAGUACGCCAUGGAUCUCUACCAGUUUUCAUCUUUCUGGAUCGAUUUCGCCGGAGGCAUGCUCAAACCGGUGGCUUCCACGGCGGUGGUAGCCGUGGCCGUGGCGCUUUCCUUCUCUCAAAACCUCGAUCUCCAGGCCGAGAUGAUCUACGCCACCGCCAGGUGCUUUCUCCAGCUCUCCCUCGUCGGAUUCUUCCUCCACUUUAUCUUCUCUCAGAAGACUGCGGCGUGGAUUCUGCUUCCCUACUUGUUCAUGGUACUCGUCGCAGGGCACACCGCAGGGCAUCGGGCGAGGUUGGUUCCCCGCGGCAAGUGGAUCGCCGCAGCGUCCAUCUUGGCCGGCACAUGGGCGACCAUGUCACUGCCCAUCGCCCUAAAAAUCGUGCCUUUCUCGCCCCAGUACUUCGUCCCCGUCGCCGGGAUGAUGGUCGGCCACGCCAUGGCCGUCACCGGCGUCGCGAUGAAGCAGUUCCACGAAGACAUCAGGAUCGAGAGAAACCUGGUUGAGACCGCGCUGGCGCUCGGCGCGACGCCCCGGCGGGCCACGAUUCAGCAGGCCAAGCGGGCGCUGGUGGUCGCCCUGUCCCCGGAUCUCGACAGCGUUAAGACGGUCGGACUCAUCACGCUACCGGGGACGAUGACGGGUCUCAUCAUGGCCGGCGCGUCGCCGGUGGAGGCGAUCCAGCUGCAGAUCGUGGUCACCAACAUGCUCGUCGGGGCGUGCGUGUUGAGCAGCGCCUUGUCGACCUACUUGUGCUUGCUCGUGUUCUUCACCGGCGCUCACCAACUGAAUCACAAAGCGUUUGCUGCACAUUAAGAGCCGUUCUUCUCGUUCGAUCCUUUGCAGUGAGGUUGCACAAGUCAACAAGAGGUCCACAUAGCGAUGUGAAUUUUUCAAGUUCGUCUUGGGAAAUUCGAUUUUGCCACAAACCGCCUCUAGUUUCAAAGUCUUGGUUUGCCUGAUUGCCUCAAACUUCUCAUUUUUUUUUAAUCGAAAUGUCUCCUCUAUUAGUCA